AUGGGAGUCAGAAAUCUUUGGCCUGUGGGUGAACCACUACUGCUGAAAGCAUCAGGACUGACUAUUUCUCAGCUUGUCGACGGUGCUGCUGUGACUAUCAAAUUGAGAGACUUCAUGGUGGAAAAUGGAUUCAUUACGAAUCACUAUCGUUUGCGUACUACAUUGAUUGGUGUAGAUAUUAGCAUCUUUCUUGAUGGUUUCUGCGCCGCUGAUAGGGCAGUAAAUCAAAUGCAUGCAACCACCUCUCCGCUUUCUCAGCUAUUCAAAUUUUUAUGUUACUUAUCGCAAGCCAGUGUCCAUGGUAUCUUUGUCUAUGAUGGGGAAGAGCGCUCCCGAAUUAAGCGAGGCCGCCAGGUUAUCACCAGGGAACCGGGCUACUAUACACAAGCUAGAGUUUUGAUAGAGGCGUUUGGUUACUAUGCUCACACUGCUCCCGGUAACGAGCUUGCCUCAUUUUUGUGUGAAAGAGAAAGGAAGGAAUCUAAUGGGCACUCCAACCAACCAAUCUAA